AUGUUGUUUCCAUCCACACUGGUUGCUCUCUCCAUAACAAUCUCCUCCGUCAAAGGCACGGAAACUCCACUGGACGAAAAAGAAACGUUUGUGACGCUCAACAGUAUGUACACCAAUGAUCUGGUUUGGAGUGAUGAGUUGGCGGAGAAGGCGUUGGAUUGGCUCAGGUCACCGGAGCACCGAAACAAUAUAAAAGCUGAUCUGAUCGUUGGAGGAAGAGGUCUCGUUGCUAAUGCGAAUAACAAGUUAGUGUGGCAAAAAAUACUCGACGUCUUGGAGAUCCAUUUCGAUGAAAAGGAAGCAGAGCUCGAACGCCUUCCCCCAGGCACAUUGUACGGAUGCAACGGCUAUAUGAGCACAAGGAGCACGAAGGACGAUUACGUGUCUGCCGUCUGCCUCUAUAGAUUGGAGAGAGUUAUGGUCAUCUCAUUUCCUCAAUAA